AUGCACCGGAGUAUCGCGACGCGCGGAAGCGCAUCCGAGCGCGGGUUCUCAAUCGACCUCGUGUAUCACAAGGGCGACCUGCUCUUCACUGGGACAAAGAUGUGGUUUGCAGCCUCGGAUGCAGGCGACUGGUUCAAGAUUGUGCGGCUAUACCUCAAGGGGCGAGACGCACGGUUCGGCACGACGGGUCCGCUGUGGCUCAACGAGGACGGCCAGACGCCGACACCUCGGGCGUUUGUGGACGAGGUGAAGCGGCACUGCGGCAGCGAGUACACCGGGCACAGCUUUCGAGCUGGAGGAGCAACAUGGUACGCGCUGCAUGGCGCGCCGGACUCGUCCAUCCAGCGCAUCAGACGAUGGACGCCGUCCGCCUUCCAAGGAUACGUCCAACUCCAGCCGGAGAUUGCAAUUGCGCAACGCAAGCAACGAGCGCGACGCAUGCCUCCGCCCUCCCCUCCCGCCACCCACCCUUCCCAUCUCUCUCAUCCCCAUCUCAGCCAGCGACCGCGCCUCGUCUCCUGCUUGCCGGGCGACAAUGCUGGUUUCCCUGCUACGAUCAGUGCUCUGUGGACGGCCCACAAACGGGCGACUACCACGCGGUGGAACGAGGAAUGGUCAUCGUCUUCGCUUCCUCGCCCCCUCGCCGACGUCGUCACGACGGCCUCAACGGCGCACAAGUACUAUGCAGGCCUAUCACGUCGCCAAGCAACCCUCCUCUGCCGACUACGCACUGACGUGUCAGCGCUCAACAAGCACCGUGCCCUCUUCGACCCAGUCCAAUCCAACCUCUGCAAGUGCGGCAAGGUGGAGAGUCAGGAACACUUCCUGAUUCUCUGCCCGCUGUACAAGCAGGCUCGACACUCUUUCUACAAACACAUCGGCCUCCGACAAACCCCCACAGGUGCCCUCAUCCUCGGCAACAUCGACUUCCAAUCGCCUCUCCUCGACUUCAUCGCCGCUACAGGAGGCUUCGCCCGCCUGACGGAGGCGACCAAGGGUGAGUCGCAAGAAGAGGACAAGACGGAAAGGAAGGAGCAACACAGAGCGUAG